AUGUUUUGUGGAAUACAGUUUCCAAAUCUUAGCCCUCUUAAAUCCCAUGGAUUUGCUAGAAACAGAGUAUGGACCAAGGAGAACAAUUCCCAUCUUCUUCAAUCCAAACCCAUUAAUGGAGUUUCUGUUGAUUUGUUACUUAAGCCCACUGAAGAUGAUUUGAUGAAAUGGCCUAACAGCUGGAAUUUGAGAGGCAAAGGAUGUGGAGGCUACAGUUCUUUAGGUUCUUCCAAUUUCAGCAGUAAUGGUUUUAUUGCCAUUAUGUUUGCUUAGUAUUUGAAUGACAUUAUAGCAUCCUACUUUCGUGACCUGCC